AUGUGUGGGUGGAUAAUUUUUAAUAACUCAACAAAUCUCUUUCUUUACAGCUACUCUUCCCAUGCUCCUAUCGCCCAGUACUCCGCUCCCUCUCCAGUAGCCCACUAUGCCGCUCCCUCUCCAGUAGCUCACUAUGCCGCUCCAGCUAUUAAAGUAGCUGCUCCCGUUCUCCUUAAAAGCUCAGGACCUUCCCAUAGUGCCAGCUCUUACUCAAGCUUAAACUUCGGUAGUGACAAUGGAUACUACAAUCAGCAAUCUGCCCCUGUUGCACACUAUGCUGCCCCUGUAGCUAAAUUCGCUGCUCCACUACUCCUUAAAGCUGCUCCUGCCAAAGUUGCCGUAGCUCCAGUUGCUUAUGCUCAAGUUGCGCCAGCAUACAACCACGGAGGAUACAGCCAUGGAGGGUACAGCCACCAUGAAGAAGAAUACGCUCACCCCAAAUACGAAUUUGCCUACGGAGUAGAAGACCACCACACUGGUGACAUCCACUCACACAAAGAAUCCCGCGACGGUGAUGUUACUCACGGAGAAUACUCUUUGCACGAAGCUGAUGGAACUAUCAGAACCGUCAAAUACAGCGUAGACAAACACAGUGGUUUCAAUGCCGUUGUUGAAAGAUCUGGUCAUGCCAAUCACGCUCAACCUGCCAAAGCCAUUCUUAAAGCUGUUGCUCCAGCUCCAUACUACCACUAA